GAUACGACGCCGUUUCUCUGCUAAGCUAAGAUCCUCUGUUUCAGCUUAGCUAUUGCCUUUUGCCUCUCUCCCUCUGUUGUUCUGCAACUUCAACUGAUCCUGGAUCCAUGAUCUCCUUACAUACAUCAAUAUAAAACGAGGUGGUGGUUAUGUGAGUAAUGAUGCUGCAGUCUAUGUCAAUGGUGAAACUCAAGUUUGGGUUCACUUCAGUCAGAAUGAGGAACUUGUCGGUGGGAAUCUCUGUCAUGGUUCUUACAUUGAUCCUCAUCAUCCUUCAACCUGGUCACAAACUUACAAAGAAGAAUCUGACUGUGGAUGAGUUUGAUAUAGAAGAAGAGAGUACUGUUUUGAUCACUAUGGAAGAUCUUGAUUACCUCUUUUCAAACAGUAGCUUUUACAAAGAAGAAGAUGAGUCUAAUGGGUUUCUUGUAUGGUCUCUCAUGCGUCCGUUUCUCGAAAGGCAUGAUGCAUUGCCAGAAACUGGUCAGGGGGUCGAAGAGGCUGCAUUGGCAGGGAAAGGUUUAGUCUCUCUGAUCAAUAAAGAGAAAGGACAUUCUGCUUCUGGUAUGGUCUCUACGAAAGGCAGAAGAACUUGUCCGGACUUUGUAAAUGCAGUUGAUGUGGAUUUGUCCGGCUCAACGCCUGUUCUUGAGCUACCGUGUGGUUUAACUGAAGAUUCUUCUAUAACAUUUGUUGGUGUUCCUGAUGAACAUUCGAGAAGCUUCCAGAUUCAGCUCCUUGGCUCAGGCGUCUUGCGUUAUGAUGUGAACUUUUCUAAGCAAUCCAUAGUGCAAAACACAUGGACAGAAAGGUCCGGGUGGGGAGAGGAAGUGAGAUGCCCAAGUCAUGGAUCAUUUAAGAAUUAUAUUGUAGUUGAUGAGCUUCCUCUCUGCAACGAACAGACAAGCAGAAUCACUCUGGAUGAUUUUCCAUUUCUCAAAGGGAGUCCCCUCACUGCCACAUUGUGGUUUGGAUUAGAAGGCUUUCAUAUGGCUGUUAACGGGCGGCACGAGACUUCAUUUCCUUACAGAGAGGUAAGGAAUGACGCUACAAAGUCUUUGCAGAAGCUUGAGCCUUGGUUAGUUAGUGCUGUGAAAGUCUCAGGUGGUCUAAAACUGUUAUCUGCUUCAGCCACAAGGCUGCCUGUUCCUGAUGAGAAUCAUUCUUCUUUAGCUAUAGAAGAGAAGCUGAAAGCUCCCCCUCUUUCCGGAACAAGGAUAACAUUGCUGGUGGGUGUUUUCUCCACUGGAAAUAACUUUAAGCGACGUAUGGCAUUGAGAAGAUCUUGGAUGCAAUAUGAGGCAGUAAGAUCUGGAGAAGUUGCUGUUCGGUUUCUCAUUGGCCUUCACACUAAUGAGCAAGUCAAUCUAGAGAUGUGGAGAGAAGCUAAAGCAUAUGGUGACAUUCAGUUUAUGCCUUUUGUUGAUUACUAUGGUUUACUUAGCCUGAAAACUGUUGCGCUUUGCAUUCUCGGGACCAAAGUCAUCCCAUCAAAAUACAUAAUGAAGACAGACGAUGAUGCGUUUGUUCGGAUCGAUGAACUGCUAAUGAGUCUAAAAGAAAAACCGUCUAAUGCACUUUUAUAUGGUCUGAUAUCAUUUGAUUCAUCGCCAGACCGUGAGCAAGGCAGCAAAUGGUACAUUCGUAAAGAGGAGUGGCCUCUAGAUUCAUAUCCUCCAUGGGCACAUGGCCCUGGCUACAUCAUCACUCAGGAUAUAGCUAAAUUUGUGGUGAAGGGUCACCUUGAAAGAGAUCUUAGACUUUUCAAGCUGGAAGAUGUGGCGAUAGGGAUAUGGAUUCAACAAUACAACCAGACAGUAAAAAGAGUGAAGUACAUGAAUGACAAAAGGUUUCAUAAUAGCGGUUGUAAACCGAAUUACAUUCUUGUUCAUUACCAAACUCCUCGGCUACUUUUGUGUCUGUGGGAGAAGCUUCAAAAGGAGAGCCAAUCUGUCUGCUGCGAAUAGAUAUCUCAAUCAUGUUGCAAAGAUUGAGACUUUGAUGAAAUUUUCUUCCAGGAAGUAUUGAAAUCUUGUAUAAGAUGUUAUGUUAAUUUUGAUGUUUUGUAUAAUAUGCAUCAUGUAACUAUGUGGGAGUUUUUUCUAAAUCUGUUUUCAUGAUUA